GACUAGUUGGAAUCCACUUCUCAUUUUUCUUAAGAUUCCACGAAGAAAUACAUUUGAGAAAAUUUGCCCUGUUUUUUUCACUAAACUAUUUGGCUUCUUUCUUAAAUCUGAUUAAUGGGCUCAGGAGCUGCCUUGAAACUGUUUUAUAAUGCUAGAAAGUGAAUGCGGAAUGCAAGUAGAAGUCUGUCAGGCUCUUCUUCAUGAGGCUACAUGGUGAUAGGGCAGAGAGUAAAGUACCCACGCAGUUCAGAGUGACGAGAUUUGCAAUGAAAAUACUCAGAUUUAGUACCUCAAGACAGACCCUUAUGUGGAUUCCAGAUUCCUUUUUUUCCAGUUUGCUGAGUGGAAGAAUUUCAACGCUUCGAGAUGAAACUGGUGCUAUAUUUAUUGAUAGAGAUCCAGCAGCAUUUGCACCCAUUUUAAAUUUUCUUCGGACGAAAGAACUAGAUUUGAGGUAAGAAAUGCAUCCUUUUAAAUACAUUCUCAU